GUCCACUACAAAACCCUUUACAUCACACCAGCUACAUAACAGACCACCGCUUUACACAGAUCAACACCUGAAUUAAGAGAGUAGAAUUUCCUUUUUAAAGAGAAGGAAAACCCUUGACAAAGAACUUUACUUUUCAAAUUUCCAAUUAAGACAAGAGGACACAUCAAAAGCUCUAUGGGUCCUUGUGAGAAGAGAAGACACAUUUAUGUCUUUGUUUUACUAGUCUGCCUGGUCUUGUCCAGUUGAAUAUAAGGAGAAGGGUCCAAGAUGGGAUCUACUGGGGUACAGAUUGUAUGUGUGGCCCUUGGGGUCCUGGGCCUGAUCGGGGGCAUUGUGUGCUGUGCCAUCCCUAGGUGGAAAGUGUCAUCAUUUACAGGACAGAACAUCGUAACGGCACAGGAAACUGAAGAAGGCCUGUGGAUGAGCUGUGUGGUGCAGAGUACGGGCCAGCAGCAGUGUAAGAGCUAUGAGUCCAUGCUGGUCCUGCCAUCUGACCUGCAGGCGGCCCGCGCCAUGACCAUCAUCAGCUGCAUGGUCACCUCCCUGGCCAUCCUUAUCUUGUUCGCCGGCGCCGACUUCACCACCUGCGUGGAGAAUGAGGACAUCAAGCCCAAGAUCAGUCUUGUGGCCGGGAUCGCCCUGUUGGUGUCUGGCCUCCUCCUCAUCAUCCCUGUCAGCUGGUCCGCCCACAACGUCAUCAGGAACUUCUACAACCCCCUUGUGGCUCAGAAGAUGGAGCUGGGAACCUGUAUCUUUAUUGGCUGGGCUGCUGGGGUGCUGCUGAUUCUGGCUGGAGGCCUGCUCAUGUGCUUCAGCAGAGCCAAAUCUGGCAGCUCGGGAGGAACCGCCAAGUACUACGGCAACAGCGCUUCAGCCCCCGCCAACAAGAACUACGUCUAGUGCAUGUACUACACCUCUGCAUGUUUGUAUGUGUGUAGAGAGAUAGUUUGAUGUACUACACCUCUGUACGUUUGUAUGUGUGUAGAGAGAUAGUUUGAUGUACUAUACCUCUGCAUGUUUGUAUGUGUGUAGAGAGAUAGUUUGAUGUACUAUACCUCUGCAUGUUUGUAUGUGUGUAGAGAGAUAGUUUGAUGGAAAGGAAAUGGGUCAGACAGAAUGGAAACAAGAAAGGGGAGGGGGUUUAAUUUUGAGGAUAAAGAAGGGACAUUAUUAGUGGAAAUAAUGGUUGUAAAUAUUGAAUAUUUCAAAAUACUAAGACUGAUUUAGUUGUAGUUAAUCCAAGGGUCCCAUAUGGUGGUUCAAUUUAAAAUACAAAUAUAUGUUUCUUUUUGGGGGGGGAACUAACUCAAUAUACUAUAAUAUACUAUAAAUCAAAACUGUGUAGAGAUGAUGAUGUACCUACAUUCGUUCAGUUUCUUAACUGUGUCCAGCUCGCUAAUAAUCAUCUACAUGAAGGUUAGACAGUCAAGGAGCAUCGGAAAUUCCAAAAACGAUGGAUAGAGGAAAUUAUUUUACAAAUUGUGACAGCGAGGAAAUAUAACCAAUUUUCAGUGUGGAUCUCCGGACCUCGUUGAAGACCAAAUGCAGCCCCGGGGAAGAAUGAGUUUGACAUCCUUGUUGUAAUGUGUUAUCUCGUUUAGUUUUUUAAUGCUGGGUGACAUGCUUCUAUAAUGCCAUGAAUGAACAACAGAGAGCAAGGUGAGUGACUCAGUGGUCAUGCAUUUCAAAAUACAGGUAUAGUCAAAUGACUGUAUAUAUCAUUUACAUCCACAACUUUUUUACUUAUGUAUAUCAGCUUGUCUUUUACUUUUGUGUAUCAAAUAAUAAAUACAUGUUUUUAUUUUA